GCCAGAAGGGGUCAUUGUGAUCAUCUAGUCUGACCUCCUGUAUGACACAGGAAUUCCCCCAAAUUAAUUCCUGUUUGAGCUAGAGCGUGACUUGGUAGUAUUUUGCGCCCACUUUCCACAGGAAGUAGCAAUGGCAGAUGGUGGGACAGAUCCUGCUGUGUUCACCUCCAGCACUCUGCCCUCAGAUCCCCGCCUCCUUGCGACAGUGACCAAUGCCUACCUGGGCACCCGAGUUUAUAGGGACAUCUUCCAUGUAAACGGGGUGUAUAAUGGGGCAGUGGGCGACACUCACCGUGCCGAUGUCCCCAGCCCUGUCAAUGUCAGAAUCAACGUGCUUGGUGAGAAUGGACUGACAGAGACCUUCACCUUGAACACCAGGACAGGAACUUUCAGCCACUUAGUUCAGUUGCCAGGUUACACUGCUACCCACAGGAUCUAUGCCCACCACUCCCUCGUACACCUGCUGGCCUUCAGCAUCACCAUCAAGCGAUCGACUACCAAAGGCCCACCAGUGACCGUGCAGCUCCAGAUGCAGUUCACACCACAGAGCCGAGACCUGGACUUGCACAAGGGGCAGGACUUCCAGGGAGCUCAAUAUAUCUAUGGGAAAACUUUGAUCCCCGAGGUGGAUGGGGCUCCCCAGCCCACGGUGCACAUGAUCUGGACUCCGGUGCCGCAGGCUGUGACCCUGCCAGGGGAGGAGCACGAGAGAACCUGGGAGUUCCUGACCGCCGUGGCAGAGAGUGAAGAGGAAGUGAAGAGGUGCUUUAGCGAAGGAACGUCCCUGAUUGCUGCUGGCUCCUUAUACUCCUCUCACACCCAGGCCUGGGCAGCACUCUGGAAAGGAUGCCGGGUCGAUAUAGACGGGCCUCUCCCUUUGAGGCAGGCCCUGUAUGGUUGUCUCUAUUACCUGCUGAGUGCAAUUCCUCCCCUGGAUUCUCCUGACUUCCUGUUCCAUGGAAUCAGCCCCGGCGGGUUAUCCAAUGGCACGCAGGGAGAAGACUAUUGGGGGCACGUCUUCUGGGACCAGGACACGUGGGUAUACCCAAACAUCCUGUUAUUUUACCCUGAAGCAGCCCGAGCCAUCCUGAAGUACCGUAUUCGAGCACUAGGCGGAGCCCUGAAGAACGCCCGGGAGCAGGGAUACAAGGGUGCUAAGUUCCCUUGGGAGAGCGCAGCCACGGGCCAGGAAGUCUGCCCUGAAGAGAUUUAUGGAACUCAAGAAGUUCACAUCAAUGGGGAUGUUUUGCUGGCAUUUGAGCAGUAUUAUCACGCCACACAGGACCAGAAGCUGUUCAGGGAGGAAGGAGCCUGGGACGUGGUCGGUAUGGUGGCUCAGUACUGGUGCAGCAGGGUGGUGUGGAGUCAGGAGGAGCAGUGCUACCAUAUCAAAGGUGUCAUGCCCCCAGAUGAGUAUCACUACAGUGUCGAUAACUCUGUUUACACCAAUGCCGUGGCCCAGAGGAGCUUGAACUUUGCAGCCGACGUGGCCCGUGAUUUCCAGAUCCCUGUCCCAGAGGAAUGGCAGGAGGUUGCCAAGAAAGUCAAAGUGCCAUUUGAUGGAGCCAGGAACUACCAUCCAGAGUACGAUGGGUAUAACCCAGGUAAGAAGGUGAAACAAGCUGAUGUCGUCUUGCUCGGAUACCCAAUGAUGUAUCCCAUGAGCCCUGAAGUCCGAAGGAAUGACCUGGAGAUGUAUGAACCUGUCACUGAGCUGGAUGGGCCAGCCAUGACUUGGAGCAUGUUUGCGGUUGGCUGGAUGGAGCUGAAGGAGAUCCAGAGGGCGCAGAGUCAACUGAGCAAGUGUUUCAACAACAUCACCGAGCCAUUCAAGAUCUGGGUGGAGAACUCCGAUGGGUCAGGAGCUGUGAAUUUCCUGACGGGAAUGGGGGGAUUCCUGCAGGCCAUCCUUUUCGGAUACACAGGGUUCAGGAUCACCAAGAGCAGCCUGAACUUUGACCCUAUAUGCCCAGACAACAUCAGCAAACUCAAGGUCACUGGAGUCUCUUACCUUGGAAGCAAGUUGAACUUCACACUCACCAAAGAGAAUGUUAGGAUAAAGGUGACAAAGUCCUCGCGUGACCCGCAGCUGUCCCCCCUGGAAGCUGUGCUGGUAGCAUCGGGGCAGCGCAUUCCCUUGCCCGAAGGGCAGAGCGUUUCCUUCGCCACAGCUGCUGGCAGGAUCCAGAGAGCAUCCAAGGAGCCAUUUUAAGUUGUAUUUGUCAGGUGAUAUCCCUGCCAGCCUUGGAAUGCUGCAGGGACCGCCCGAGGAGUAAAACAGAACAGCCCAAGUUAUCUACAGAAAUAUCACAGCGUCUCCACCCUACGAGACCACAGGAGGCAGGGGGAGCAGAGCCCAGCUAGGCUAGAGCCAGAUUAAUUGGCUGCCUGACCAGAACAACUAAACUCUGGACAAAGAUCAAUGGUGAACAAACCAAUGUGAAGCCAGUUAACAAGCCAAUCAAGGCUGCGGUGAAAGGCAAGUGAGUGGAUGACUGGACAUUCUCAGCAUUGGCCAUAUCCAGAGUUCCUUACAUGUUUUGAGUGUUGGAUCUGUGUACUAACCAAUCAGAACUCUGCUUCUCUGAGUCUGGCAGCCAAUGAGAUUGCUUGGUUGGCAGGAGAGGCACACCAUUGGCUUCCAAAGUCAAAAGCCACAAUAUUUGGCUGAUAAUGAUAUGCUACAAUUCUCCUGAGUCUCGGCAGCUUUGACAGUGUCAAGCUGCCCUGGGCUGAAAAGCCAAAUACACCAAGAGGAGCAUUAAAAGCAGCCAGCAAACUAGUUACUCACAUCUGUGGGGAAAACCCACUGUUGUUCUGUUCAUCUAAAAUAGGCCCCUUCUGUGGGAAGUCUGGGGUACCCCAUGUGCAAGGCAGAGGGCCGGAGCUGAGUGUGACUAAAGACCAGAGUUUCUUCAGGACCCCAGAGGGAUAUUUAAUGACAUUUGACAGGCCAGGAGAUGGAGAAAUAGUAAAUUGCUCCCUGAGAUCCCCACCCUGGUUCUCUCAAGGGAUGGGCAAAGUUCAAAAGGGGCAGAUGUGCUGUCCAGAUUAGCAUCAUGCCCUCUGGACAUGGAAGAGGGACUAGAUUUCCUCUUCAGACUUCCAUUUCUAUGAUUCUCUGAAUCU